AUGGAAUCUAUUGAAGCGAAAAUGAAAACAAUUGAAGCUAGUAGAUCGGAAUGCUUAAACUUGCAAGGGGCCGUGUCCGCACUUCAGAACGAUAUUAAUAAAAAGGAGCAAUGGGCCCGACGUUCAAACAUUGAGAUAAUCGGUAUACCAGAAGCGAAAAAUGAGAAUUUACUAAACAUAAUUAGUAAAAUUGCCGGUGUUGCCGAUGUUAAAAAUUAUGUUGCUACAGAUAUUGACUUUAUCACUAGAGUCACUCCAAAGCAUAACGAUUCAAAAAAAUCUAGACCUAUUAUAAUUCGUUUCCUGUCUCGAUAUAAAAAGGACGACUUUCUGACUAGAUUGAGGGAAAAGAAGAAUUUAAAGUGUUGUGAUAUCGGAUAUGUAGGUAAUAGCAAUCGCAUUUACUUUAACGAUCACCUUACUAGUUUCAAUAAAAUGAUCCUCCGUAAGACUAAGGAUCUAGCUCGUGAAAAGAAGUUUAAAUAUGUAUGGAUUAAGAACUGUUCCAUCAUGGUGAGAAAAAACGACACUAGUCCUGUUCUGCACAUUCAGUCCGAAAAUGAUUUUAAAAGAAUAAUG